CGCUUCCAUGGGCUGCUACAGGAGAUGGUGGAAACUGGAAAAAUCAGCUGUGCAGUGCCACAGAAUAAUGAUGAUCUUACAGUAGUUCCUAUACAAACCUCUCGCAAUAACCAUGGCACUCAGCCAGUGCUUAGCUUCCAGCAGAAGCCACGCACAACCCCCUCCGGUGAAACACUGAGAAGACGGCUGGACACAGGUUUCUGCUACCCCGACUGCACACUCACUAUAAAAUUCCCCCAAGGGAGAGAAAGCAAGCAAACGCCUUAGUGUUAUCUACAGAAUUCACAAAAAGUCACUUCUUUGUAAAUUAUUACAUGCCAGGAAAACAUCAAGAGAAAGAGAGGCUCAAGAACACAGGCAAGGGAAUCGGGGAGAAGGAAUGUGUGUCUUCAAUACAAAAAAAUGCUAUAGUGUUAUAGGCAAUAAAUCUCAUUAAUGAGACUUUGCAUUAAGGCAGAAACCAGUAUAGUGACAAUAAUAAUCCCAUUUAUUUACAUCGCACCUAUCUCCGAAUGUAUCAUUGCCACUUUCCGAUAAAACAAAGGCAGAUUUCUCAUUGGCAGAGGGCGGAUCCAAGGACCCAAUCAGUCUCUUCCGUCCCUAACUUCUGUGAAUCUCAGAUAAAUGCAUGACUUUGGAGAGAGGGGAGUGAAAGAGAGGGAAUAUCCAAUCUCCAUUAGACACUCAGCUCCAAGUUAGAGACAACAAGCGUUUUCUCUUCAGGCCCCAGAGGAAGGAAAUCAAUGCAUCUGCAGAGAAAGAAGCCAUUGCGUUGUUUUGAAUGAAAAUGUUAUUGGGUUGUGGGUUUUUUUAGAGGAUUCAUCUAAAAGGAAAGUGAGGAGACAAGAAAGGGAGACAUAAGACAAUUGGCCUGCUGCUGUCUGACUGGCAGAUUCCAGUUAACACCUUAUCACCAGAGCAGCAGGCAGCAGCAAAUCCUCGCCUGCCGAAGCUACACAGCAAAAGAAAGAGGGGAGGGUGUUCUGUAACCAGGGCCGACAAGAGCAACACUCCACAGAGCUACCGGGAGGACAGAGAGAGAGACACACACAGAGAUCCUGCACAAUAACCUUCCUUUCCAGGCCGUGCAAGCAAGGGGAGGGGAGGAAAAACAAAUCAACCUGCGGUGUUUAAUUUUUCAUUAAGAGAAACCAUGACUGAAAUGUAACCACAGCUCUGGUCGCUGCAAAAAAAACAAACCCCAAAGCCCUCUCCCCAAGUGGAAUGUAGCAAUUUUGUUUACUAUCGUUAUUCUUCAAUUGAAGCGUGGGGUAAAAUCCUCCAGGACUGAAAUCCUAUCUCCCAGUAAGGUUGGAGCACCACUAAAACAAAGGCAAUUCUCCCCUCUACCCCUUACUCCCGUUACUGCUGCUGCUGUUUUUUAGAGAAACAUUGUUCUAGGAAGGAGAGGAGAUUGGAAGAAGAACCCGAGGUGGUUUUGAAUUUUUUUAAAGUGAAGGCAAGCUUUCUGAUGACCCCUCAGUGAAAGAAGGGGAGUUACAAGGCAAUAUAGUGAUUGAUGUACUGAGUGAUCUGGAGGAAAAGCUUCUGGGCAAUAAUGGGGAAAUCCAACAGCAAGUUGAAGCCUGAAGUUGUGGAAGAGCUGACCAGGAAGACCUACUUUACAGAGAAGGAGGUGCAGCAGUGGUACAAGGGCUUCAUCAAGGACUGCCCCAGCGGACAGCUGGACGCAGCUGGCUUUCAGAAGAUCUAUAAGCAGUUCUUUCCCUUCGGCGACCCAACGAAAUUUGCAACCUUCGUUUUUAAUGUCUUUGAUGAAAACAAAGAUGGGAGGAUCGAGUUUUCGGAGUUCAUCCAGGCGCUGUCAGUCACAUCGCGAGGGACCCUGGAUGAGAAACUGAGGUGGGCGUUUAAACUGUACGACUUGGACAACGACGGGUACAUCACGAGGAACGAGAUGCUGGACAUUGUAGAUGCUAUUUAUCAGAUGGUGGGAAACACGGUAGAGCUUCCAGAAGAGGAAAACACACCUGAGAAGAGAGUGGAUCGGAUUUUCGCUAUGAUGGACAAGAAUGCCGACGGGAAGCUAACACUGCAGGAGUUCCAGGAAGGCUCCAAAGCAGAUCCCUCCAUCGUACAGGCACUGUCCCUCUAUGAUGGACUCGUAUAGUCCCCAGGAUCCCAAGAUGAGUUGCCUGGGGGAAGAUUCUUUCUGUGCCAUCAGACCACCUCAGUAAAGAAGCUUUCCUGUCCCUCUCCAGCCUUCCUUUAUGUUACACGAACAAGGGAGGCGCUUGAAGUGUGAGGUCAUCCCCCGCACCCACUCUGCACUCUGAAUUAACCGUGUCCAUUUGCCAACUUCUGCUUUCUCAACAACAACAACAAUAACAAAAGGGGAAAAAAAGAAGAAAAAAGAAAGGAAAAAAUAGAAAAAGCAGUGAUUCUUUCAGCUUCUGGGGUGGAAGGGAUCAUGCAUCGCUGUGUGGAGACCCCUCCUGCCUCUCGCUUUUACUUAGUAGAUUUUUUUUUUGAACAGACUAAAAAUACCGACAAAUAUUUUACAUUCUUUUCAUAGAAAAGCGCAGCUUGAAGAAGGAACCAAAAGGUACUGCUGAGGUCUUGGAGCGGGCGGCUGCUGCAUGCCGUCCGAGUGCUUGAUCGCAAUCGGCUUCUGCUUUAUCGGGGGGGGGACGGGAACGAGAGGAUGGACAAUACAAGGCAACUGGAAAUGAAAGUUCCACAUCCCCUGUGUUUCCAACAGCCGCCCAGCCCGCAUUGUUAGGGAGAUAUGUAUAUUUUUUGUGAUACAGUAUUGUGCUUUUUUUUUUUUGGAUGGAAAAAGUGAGGCUUUUGUUACUAUGCCUAUCUAUGUUAUCGAUAUCUUUAUUUAUUUGUUGUAACUGUUGCUGCUGUGUUUAGUCUUUCGUGUGUUGAAACACCUAGGUGAUAAAAGUUGCAAGGUUUACACACUAUGGCAGGGGGAGAUAGCCUGCAAUAGCAAUUAAGCCAAAAAUAUCCCCCCCUCACUAUACUGUGCUUUGUCAGCUGGUUGAUGUUUUGCGGGGGAUAAUCUAACCCCCUUCUCCUUAUUCCCAUGCCUCUGGUCUCUGUACCCUGCGCUCCCUCCUUCUCUUCAGAAACUCAGCUAGUUCCCCUGACAAAUCCCAAGGUGGGACUGAAUGCUGUCCUCCUCUCAACAAGUUGUAUUUCUGUUGCCCUUACGCAUUCAUUUUGCCAUCUUGCCUUUGUGUAAAGCAGAUUGAUGAAAUAUACCGUAUCCAGACAUUUCUCUGCAUGAAAAGUAUUAAUGGGGCCAAUAUUGUUUGAGCUUUAAAAUGACCCUCCUUUUUGGAAAAUCCCGGGACUGUCGUGUAUCUAUCUUGCGGGGCAGAUGGGGAGUUAAUAAAAUGGAACUGAAUUAACUCCUUGCUAAGCCUCCAGGAGGUUGGGAGCCUGGAGUGCCUGUGGGCUGAGAACAUAGAUGGUUGGUUGAUUGUACAGUGUAAUGUUUUUGAAAAGAACCAGCCGGUCAGUGGAGCUUAGGAGGGUUGUCUAAGCAAACUACAGUUCGCAGCUGUUUAAGGCAAAACUCAAAGCCUUGACGCUGUCCAGAGCUACACAGUGCUGCUUAGUGUCCUGGAGAAGGAGGAGGAAGACUGGCUAUAGCCUCUUAGUGUUUUGCCGCGUUUGCUCUCAUUUCAAAGUGCUCUUGAGUUUUGCUCUUUGGGACAUGCAUUGAGAGAGACCUAGAAACGCCUUGUUCAGUUUUCAGAGUAGCAGCCGUGUUAGUCUGGAUUCGCAAAAAGAAAAGGAGUACUUGUGGCACUCACAUCCAUUCCUACGGUGCCCAGUUUGGGUCACAAAGAUGGACCUGAGCUUUGAUGAACAGGAAAACAAUCAACGAAACAAAUCCAGCCUUGCCCCUCCCUCAUUUCUGCUUGGUCUAUCUCCACCUUUGGGUGAAAUGGAAUAGCACAAUAGAAGCACAGUAGCAAACCCACCCAAGACUAGGGCAGGUGCUAGCCAUGGUUCCUUUGUAUGGCUGGGCUGGAAUGGAAAACCUUCUGAAGCUUUCCCCAGGAAAGUUUGUGUGGUGCCUGUACACAGAGCAAUUGUCAAGUGCACCAUAAACUUUGGAGGCCUUCGCCUUUCCACCCGCGUUUUUGGUCAUCCACCCAGAGGUUGGUGCAUUCCCCUGUUGUGCUAGCUAGCCGCAGUAUUUCUAAGGCUCUGAUCACCUUGGGAUCCAAACACCAAGCAUUGUUAUUCUUCCGACUGUGUAACAAGAACAGCUGCAGAGUAAUGGAUCGGGAGGCAGGAGGAAGAAUCUUCUCUUGGGUUCUCCCAGGCAGUACUUGAAACCUCUCACAGGAAACCUGUGAAAAGGGCAGUGACUCCAUCUUUCAGAGCCAAAAUCGCCUUUUCUGUAUAUAAAUCCCAGUCACUGUGCCAAGCACUGCUUCCCCUUCCUUCUUUCCUCUCCCACCAUAUCCCUACAGUGUAACCAGUGCCAGCUGUGCUUUGCCAGAGAUGAUAUACAGCCCAGGUGACCCAAAUUUGGCACUUGAAUGCCUGCAGGGUGGUGCAUGUGGGUGCCUCUUUGCAAAGGGGCAGAUAUCCAUAGGAGGGGUGUCUCCUGUCUCCGUAGUUGGGCAGACUUCGAGAUUGUCCACACACCAGGGCUACAUAGAUUUGAAACGUGAACUCCGGCUCCAAAAACAGCUAACUUCAGUCACUGGAACUAAACAAGAAAUGUCCAUUAGCUGUCACCAGCAUUAGGGCUUCUCUUCUGCGUAGGCUGCACUAGGGGCAAUAGGGGGACACACAGGAGAGUAAGGUCUGAUUCCGUCCAGCCGUGACACAUUUGCACUAGCGUGUAUAUAACACUGGCUUUCUUCCAGUGCUUUGCGUUCCAUGUUCAGUCCUCCAUGUGUCACAGAGCACAGAUGUUUUAGGAUGGCAGCUGCCCCUCAAUCUCAGAUCGCUAUUGCAGAUUAUGGCGAUACCCUGGUCGUGGAAGCACAAGAGUUUUUGGCCUAUCACAAGCUUUGGAAACCAGGCAGGCUUUUCUCCACAGUCUGCAUCCUCUCUUUACCACCGCGCAGUUACGUUGGAAGUUCUCCGAAUCCUGUUCCAGAAGAAAGAAGAGUCAGCUGGUAUUGUAACUUUCUAGAGCGCAGCCUGAUUUCUUUUUUUGUUUGUUUGUUUUUGGCGUGAAAUGAGAGGGGAGUGCUAUACCCCCACGCUCAUCAGUGUAAGCAACUGCAUCUGCCCUGCAUUUUGCAUUUAAUACCACAGUACCUUUUCUUUGGGUUGGGCUGGAAGUUAUUUCUCAUUGUGUGGUUAUAAUGAUGUCCUUCAUCCUUCCCAGCGAGGUCACCCACGCUUUCCAGAGCAAUAUUUUCAGCUACUGGGUCACAAAUGCAGCUGGUAUAAAUCAUUCCCUUGACUUCCGUGGAGCAACUCUGAUGGACAGCAGCUUGAGGACUGGUCCCUGAUGCGUGGGCAGCAUUGGGUGGGAGGCCUCCUGGCCCACAGAACACCAAGCCUUAAGGCAUGGGCUAUGAUCAGCACAUCGAAGCUGUCUGCAGUAGCCUCAGCCAGCCCAGGGUCCAACCAGCAAAUCAAGGACCAAACAGCAGAUAUGGCAGGGGCAGAGAAUUAACUCCAGGUAUACUGUACAUGUCAAUUUUGGCUCCAAGGCUGGAAUUUUCAAAUGAGGGAGGUAGGCACUCAAAUCCCAAUAGCACCUAACUCCUAAAUCCCAGCCCUAGUGCAGAGUGGCCAUCUAAGGUAGCUAUUUAUUCCCCACGCCCUGACCCAGCACUAGUAAAGAGCUCUUGUCUUGUCCUAUGACUACCUUCCAUUUGUAACAACCAUACAGAGCACCCAGACAUCCCGUCUAUACCGUUCUUAAAGGCCAUCCCCUUCCACACGUUUCUCUCACUGGUAUCAGAAAAGCACAAAGUGUUGGAAGUAGCAUGAUCUGUUUCGUUGCUUGUUAAGCUGGGCUUCCGGGGCUUGAUUUGUGUGCACAUCCGGCUUGCGUAUGUCCAGACAGAACUGAAGACUUGUAAAGACCUUGGUCAGUAUGCCGCGCAACAGAUCUGGCUCCAAAUCUAGCUUUAGGGCUUGGGGAUGACUCAUGCAUUAGCAGGUCAAGAGAGAGAGAUUUGGGGGGAGGACCACAAAACUGCAUGUUUUGGUUCCCCUCAAAGGCACCAGUCAUGCAGUGAGGCCAGAGACCGUCCACUGAUGGGUUGCGAAUCCCAUGGAGUGCUUAGCUUGACUUGAAAAUGUGGUAGGAACGUCAGUUUCCCCUCAUGUUCUAUUCGCCAGGUAGGCUGGAUAUUCUGGAUCGGCUCUACUGUAACAGAUUCCUCCAGGUAGAGGCCUCAAGCCAGAGAAGCAUAUGCUUAGGUCCACCUUUAUUCAGGAAAUCACUUAAGCAGCUGCUUAAUUUUCAUUCCUAAAUAAAGAUGAGUCCCUGGAUUGGGGCUUGAAUCAUUUCUGUCAUUGCUUAAAAUAAUAUCCAGCCUCUUCAGUGACUCCUGAUCCAGAAAGCCCCAUCGGUGGAAUGUUCUGAAAUCAACAUGGUUCCACUAGGAAAUGAUCCUGUAUAAGAAGAUACGUAUUGUACAGAAAUAGCAUCAAGACACUGCAGCUCUGUAUGGUGAGAGGUUUUGUCGUGGGGCUUUGACUAUGGACUACUGUAGUAUUGUUUUGUAAGGCGGGAACCAUUGUCUGUGGCACUUCUUGAGGAGACUUGAUCAACCUUAGGAAAACUCACCAAACAACUGCAUCCGAUGAAGUGAGCUGUAGCUCACGAAAGCUUAUGCUCAAAUAAAUUCGUUAGUCUCUAAGGUGCCACAAGUACUCCUUUUCUUUUUGCAAAUACAGACUAACACAGCUGCUACUCUCAAACAACUGCUGCGUUUUAUUGCAGGACAAAUUCUGACCUCAUAGGGCCUGAUCCUGAUCCCACUAAAAUCAAUGGACCAGAUCUUCAGCUGGUAUAGAAUCAGUGGCUCCAUUGAUUUUGAUGGAGCUACACCAGUUUAUACCAGCUGAGGAUCUGGCCCAGUGUGAUUUUUGCCAUUGACUUCAAGGGGAGCAGGACCAUCAUAUGAAUCUCUAUUGAGCCAUUGGGAUGAGAUAAAUGAUUUGAAGGUGUCAGAGGGUCCUGAGCUUUUCCUGGGUGCUGUGGGCUCUUUUGGAAAUCCUUGCCUGAAAUAAAGAAAGCGAGACAAGGAAUUGAACAUUUACCAUGUUCUCUUUAAGGGCACACAAGUUGUUUUUACACCCAAGAGCAAGGCCUCUCCCCCUUUGAAGCUGGGAGUUGGCUGGCUCCUGCUUUUCCCUUCAAUCUGAUAUGUUACAGAGAUGGAUGCAUGAAGAAUGGAGCAUACCGUCCCGGUCGUUCCAAGGGAAACUCAAUUCCCCUGCUGCUUUGUGGCCAGAAUACUCUCAUUUUUGGUAGCUCUCUGCGGUGCCGCCUGGCUCACCAUUUCUUCCCCCCCAGGCUGGUCACUUUCUAAUACCGAUUGGCGUUUAAGGUGAAUGUGACACUUCUGUAACUUCCCCUGCUGAUAACUAAUUAACCGCACAAAGUUUAUAACAAUAUCCAGACAAGUGUGAAUGUAUUUGUUCUGGCACUUUCGUCGGAAAGGCUUUUAAGUUUGGCAGAGGGUUUUCACCUUCCAGUUCAUUGUAUGAAUGAGCCACUGUACUUCAAGGGACACUCUAUAAUUGGUCCAGCUCACACAGGACCAAUUUGUUUGUUGUUUAACAAAUAGAUUGUCUUUGCCAGAUUUUCAAUAGCAGCAGCUGUCUGUAGCUCAGCAACAAACAACCCUGGUCUGGGAACUGCAGAGAGCCCUGGUGAUUAGCACUCUCAAGUAAGCAAGGAAUUUCAUGUUUCAGCAAACUGCUUUUAUUCAACAAUCGCAUCCGCAACAAGGGGGAUGCUACUGGAUUCAGUGUCUUACUCGGAGAAGCCCUAAGCUCUGUCCAUUGCCAGGUCUCUCUCUCUAGCUUACUUCCUGUGAGCUACUAAAAGGCCCAAAAGAUGAUGGUGGGCCCCACUGACACACACUGCUAAGGGAGUAAGCGGAAUGGAGCCUUUGGCCUCCCUGCCCCGUUAGAAAGGGUAGCAAAGAAAGCUGUGUUUGUCACGGCGAGCGGAUCCAGAUGGGGCGGGAAAGAAGUGUUGGGUUUGAGCUAACAAGGGCUUCAACUGGUAGGGAGCGCGGAAGAGAAACGUACCGCACAGUGACACUCAAGCUAUGGCUGGUUCCAGUCCAGCCCACCUUCCCUAGAGCUGUACCUGAGGUCUUUGCCACAGCCCUGCCUCACCGGCAGUGAAAGAUGAUUUCUGCUUGGCAAUUUUUGCUGACCCUCUGGGUGGUCGCCAACUGCCGCCUCCAGGAGAGUGCAGUCCCCUAGCCCGGAGUCACUGUCAUACCCCUCUAUUCUUUUAAUAUUUGCAAAUUAAAAAGCAGAACAGGUUUUGAGUGAAUAAAAAGCUUUGGUUGAUUAAUAAAGAGCCUGUUUCAUCUUUUUUUUUGUGAUCAUGUAAGUUUUCCCUUGUGGACAGGCAAGCCUGUUGCUGGAGCCAGACGUUACCUGCAGGGCUGUUUGAGAACUCAGCAAUGGCAUAUUUUCUCCCCGAGGGGCAGCAUGUUCCAAUGGGGAGGGUACGGGACUGGAACUGGUGAGACCUGGGUGCUAGUCGUGCCUCAACGCUUGAUUCACUGAGUGGCUUUGGGCAAGUCACUUAGCCAAACUUUUCAAACGUGGCCAAUGAUUUUGGGAGCCUGACUUUGAGAUGCCUUCAGCCUUGUUUUCAGAAGUGCUGAGCAUCCACCCCUCCAGCAGAAAGCCACGGGAACUGCAGCUUCUCAGCACCCCUGAAAAUAAGACAGAAGGCAUCUCACCUGAGAAAACGUUGGCCUUAACCUCUCUGUGCCUCAGUUUUCCCAUCUGUAAAAUGGGGUUGACACCUACCCAGUCUUGUAAAGUGCUUUGAGAUCUACAUAUAAAAAUGCUGUCUGAGUGCUAAGUAUUAUGUGACUAUUAUUUAUUAUUAGUGAAUUGAUUUUGCACGGUCUCUGGAAAAUGAAACACAAAGGAACCAUGAGUAAUGGGGAAAUCACUUCCUCCUGGUUUUGGAAUAUUCAGUUUAUUUCACCAAGUCAUUACCUUUUUAAAAAAAAAUCUGGGUCAUUAUUAAAAAACAACAACGGCAACUGAUGUGUUUGUUUUUGUGAUAUUUUCUGCACAACAUUUCCCGAGAUGUUCCUGGACUAAAGAGAGAAGAGUUGCAGCUGUGACAUUUGAAAAAACAACCAGUAACAGAGUCAAAGGUGCAUGGCCAGCCUCUGAUAACUUGCUUUCUGGCACUAGAUGUUAUCUGUCACUGUCAGUGUUGCAUAGAUUAAAAUGUGGGAUCUGUACUUUCCUUUUCUUUUGU